AUGACAAACGUGUCCCUAGACGAAUGUAACUCACCCACCAACGAUACAGAGAAGCGUGAUCGCCUUUUGGAUAUACCUUGCAAAGUGUGCGGUGAUCGCAGUUCGGGUAAACAUUAUGGCAUUUACAGUUGUGAUGGUUGUUCCGGUUUCUUUAAACGCAGCAUCCAUCGUAAUCGCAUUUACACUUGUAAAGCAACUGGUGAUAUGAAGGGCCGCUGUCCCGUGGAUAAAACUCAUCGCAAUCAAUGUAGAGCAUGUCGGCUGGCAAAAUGUUUUCAAUCUGCCAUGAACAAAGAUGCGGUACAACAUGAAAGGGGACCACGAAAACCAAAACUACAUCCUCAGCUGCAUCAUCAGCAUCAUCAGCAUCCGGCUCAUCAUCAUGCCCAUCAUCAUCAUUUGAAUGGUUUGGCGGGCCAUCCUCAUGGUCCCUAUCAUGCACAUGCAGCCCACUUACCGGUAUCUUUGGUUACAAAUGUCUCGGCUUCUUUUAAUUAUACAUCGCAUAUUUCUACACAUCAUCCAACGGCUGGUUUUCAUGGACCACCCCAUCCUACAGCUUUCCACCAUCCUGGCCUGGGACCCAAUACCAACGGGGGAGGACAACAUGUGCCACCGCCUCAUUUGGCUUUUCCUCCACACUUACUGCCUCAAAUGCAUCACAAUCUUAUAGCCGAGGCUACUAGUAAAUUGCCGGGCUUGGCAGGCUCUGCCAACAAUAUAGUGCCAACAUCUUCCGCAUCCACGCUUAAUCAUCAUAACCAAAACAGUGGAGUACCCACCUAUGAUUUGACCAACAGUCGUGGUGAUGGCUCCUCAGCGGGUAGUGCUGGUGCCGCCAGCAAUAACAGUUUAGAGUUUUAUAAUAAAACCAUGAAUCAAAACUAUUCAUCACCCUCACCAACAGCUUCAAUACAAUCAAUAUCAUCGGUAGGUGGACGUUCUUCAUUGGGCAGUGAAUCGCCUAGAGUAAAUGUUGAAACUGAAACACCUUCAGCUACUCCACCACCCAUGUCGCCCAGCAACUCACCAGGACCACAAGAGCCCCUAUCACCCACAGACACCAAUCGUACUUCAAGCUCACAUUCGCCCAUUAUUUUAAAUAGUCCUCUUAGUUUGAGCCAUCAUCACCACCUCCACCAGCAUCACAACAACAAUAAUAAUAACAACAACUCAUCAUAUAACAAUCGUAAUUUAAACCUGCUCAAUGCCUCACCUUCCUCCUCGCCCACUCGCUUGGCCCAAUCACCAUUACAUCUGACAGCCUUUACACAGAUACAAAAACGUUCGUCACCCACAACCCUGCACAAUAUUGCAUCCCUACAAGCGAACCCUCAUAUUGGUUUAGUAGCACUACCAUCACUACCACCCAACUCUUCCCAUCAACAGGCCACAGCUACUCUAACACCUACAACUUGCCAGCCAACAACACCAGGCCAUCAACCACCACCACCACCUCCACCCUCUUCGUCGACUACCUCCUCUUCCUCAACAGCCUCACAUAGCCAGCAUACACAUGCUGCCGCUGCUUUGUAUGCUGCACGUCAAAAUGGUUUCAUUGAAUUGCUGCUUAGUCCGGAUAAAUGUCAGGAAAUCAUUCAAUAUCAAGUACACAAUUCCAUUUUGUUUCCACCGUUGCCACAACAAUUAAUUGGCUUGGAUUCACGUUUGUUGUCCUGGGAAAUGUUGCAGGAGACUACGGCCCGUUUGUUGUUCAUGGCUGUGCGUUGGGUGAAAUGUUUAAUGCCAUUUCAAACCUUGUCAAGGAGUGAUCAAAUAUUAUUGUUGCAGGAAUCUUGGAAAGAGUUAUUCCUCCUCAACUUAGCCCAAUGGAUCACCCCUCUUGAUCUAGCUCCAAUUUUCGAAUCACCCAUGAUCAAAGAGCGUCUGCCACAAGACGAUCAAACCGAAGCGGAAAUCAAAACCAUACAAGAUGUACUCUUAAGAUUUCGUCAGAUAGCACCGGAUGGCAGUGAAGUGGGUUGUAUGAAGGCCAUAGCUUUAUUUACACCCGAUGUACCUGGUCUGUGUGAUAUACAGCCCGUCGAAAUGUUACAAGAUCAAGCUCAGUGUAUAUUAACCGAUCAUGUUAGACUGAGAUAUCCGAGACAAGCUACACGAUUUGGACGUUUAUUGCUGCUGCUGCCCUCGUUGAGAACAAUACGAGCAUGUACUAUAGAAAGUUUAUUCUUUAAGGAAACUAUUGGUAAUGUGCCAAUAGCGAGAUUGUUAAGAGAUAUGUAUACUAUGGAACCAACAGCCACGGCAGCUGGUGUGGGGGGUAAUUCAGCUAUUUCGGGGGCCUUGAAUGGUAUUCAACAACAGGAGAAGUAA